AUGGCAUUACUUUCUCAUGUUUCAAAAGACGGAAAGCCGGCAGUGAAACAUGUUUCACGUGCUUGCUUGGCAUGCCGUUCGAGACACCUCAAGUGCGACGGCAAGGAACCUAUCUGUUCCAGAUGUGUCAGGGCAAAUAGGGUCUGUCAGUAUGUUAAAAGUAAUCGAGGUGGCUCGCGAAGGAGAGGAGUCACUUUAAAGAAUAAGCAAAGUGAGAAAUCACCGGGCCACCGAAUAAUAAACUCACAUUCAAUGACCAAGGACCGGCUUAAACAAAGGAUACGUGAAAGAGAGGAAAAAGAAGAGGUGGAUCCGGACACUUUUGUUCUUCCAUGCGUCCGCAAUGGUAGGGCAGAUAUGGAAAAGAGACCUGUCUGCCAUCAUCAAUGCAUGACGGUGGAAAACUUUAAUAAACUUCCACCAUGUCUUUCUGGCGGCCAGAUUCCUCAUGAAAACGCGAAGAUAAACGGUAAGACCAUUGAUAUGUUUCCUACUUUCAAUUCUUCGAAGGCUGAGGAAUCAUUGAAUAAGAUCUUUGAUCCUGCAAUCUUAGCUCCUUCUCUUGAUGAGUGUUAUAUCUCUCCGGCUCUAACAAGAGACUUGAAUGUUGAAUCUGUUGUCAAUACCUACUACAAAUAUUUCCAACACAUACACCCAUUUCUUCCAUCUCGAACGGAUAUCAUCACAUACUUGAAUGCAAUUCCAUACAAUUAUGACCUUCUUCUUGCAAUGAAAAUCAUUGGAGACGGUCAGAGCUCUAACGUCUACUCAGCUGAUGUUGAGACGGUUCAAUUUCUCAUCAGCAGUAUCGUCAACUUUGUGAAGCAGGUUGGUAAAGACUUCAUCAGUCUUCAAUCAUUGCUCUUGCUUGCAAUUGCGGCACAUAUCUCAUCACUACAUGAUCUAUCGAUGGUACUUCGAGAAGCGUUGGUUUCGUUAGCUUUGGAAUUAAGGAUCAACUUGGUCGACCAGAAUAAUAUUCCAUUAAAGUUUAUUGAUGUGAAUGGCUAUAUCACCGACCAGCAGGAUGACGAAGUAAUGCAGUCCAGCUCCAGAAAUGGUACAAACCUGAUGAACACGCCAUCUGAGUCUGGGGGAAAAGAUGAUGUCUUGACAGAAUUGAUGCAAGCACGAAGGGUUGCAAAUGUUCCUAAGCGUAUUCUCUUAGAAACUGUAAGGAAGACUUUAUGGGAGGUCUAUUUCUUCGAUACUAUCAGUGGUACAGCAUCAGGACAUACGAUGUCGCUAUUGUCCUCGAGGAAGCUUUUGGUCUUGUUUCCAGAGGAGGUUUCACCUGAAGGAUUUGACUAUAAAAGUCGAGCAGAAGCAUGUAAACUAGUGAAUGACUCGAUAAAGCUUAACGUCGCUGUUCAGGCAAAUAAGGAAAUUCAAUCCCACCUAACACAUAUGAGAGCUGCUAUUGGAAACUGGGAGAUGAAACUAGAAAACCCCGAUAUGUACAACUGCCCAUAUUUGGUGAAUACGAAUGGACAAGUUAAUGAGGGUGUUUUCGAGGCAAUUAUGCUAGUCUGCUAUGCACAAAUAUUUACUCAUAGACCUUUUUCCUAUUUAUGGAGACCUGAUAUCUCCAAACAUCCCAAAUGUACCGAUGAAAAAGGUGCAACGGAUAAUUGUCCUACUUUAAAAAAACGCGAGGUGGAUUCUCGGAAGAUCAUUGAAACUAGAAAGACAAUAGAGUCUGCGUCUUCUGUGGUUAAGUCAUUGUUGGACACAAACCCGGCCAGAAUUACUUCGCGUACUCCAUUUUUGGCAUGCGCAUUAGCUUUUUGUUGUCUUGUUCAUUUGAGUGCAUAUUCAUGGGUUGAUUCCAGCUUAAAAUCGCUGGAGAACGUGACGAUGACAUCACCACUCAAGGAUAGUAUCAAUAAGGAGGAGUUGGAGACAUACACGGAAUAUAUCAAACUUGAACUUGGUGCUAUCAUGCAGAUUUCCAGGCAUUGGUUUUUAUCGCAGAAGCUUGCUCAACACAUUAGGGACACUGUAAGGAGAGUCUCUCCAACACUUUUCAAGACGGUAUGUUCCGGGCUUCCUGAAAAGAGUCGGAAGAAGGCUAUUCAAGCGAUGAGACAACGUACACUUAAGAAAUAUGAAGAUUCUCCUGUUCCAGAGAAGGCAGCAAAUACUUCAAUGAAUUAUAACACGCAAUCUGAUUUCAAUACCCAGACUGUUGGACAUACAAACUUGGCUACAAAUCCUUCUGAGGAUACAUUGCUUAAUAUGCUUAAGCAGGAAGGCGAUUCAGAUAACAAAAACACUGAUAAUCAGACUGCUAUUUCGGGUGCUAUCUACAAUGCAUCUAAGGAAAGCAAUCAAACACCGAAUGUCAUUAGCGGUCCUACCGCCACAGGCAAUAAACCACAGCUUCAAGUAGAUACAAAGGUGUCUGCAUUGAAUCAGCAAAGUUCAACUCCUUCAAGCGGUUUUAACGAUAUGGAUCUUAAUCUAAUGACAGACGACAACUACUUGUCUCUAUCACCAACAAGUGAUACAGGAUGCGAUUGGGUUGAUAAGCACGUUUUUGAGUUUGAUGCCUAUAACAUAGCUAAUGAUGAUGGAUUGAAAUGA